AUGGCAGAAAAAUGUUACCCUCCACAUAGCCACCCAACACAACCUGCUCCGAAUAGUGUGUCUCGUCUACAGAACGACAAAGCCUACAGAUGGCGGGAAGUUCUUAUAGGUCAACAAGGACCAACUUUUUUAGACCUGCAGAUUAUCACAGGGACUGAUGUUGAGACAGCCUCAUAUUUCUUUAAAGCUGCAUCGUUUGGUCACAUGGUUGGAUCUCUCAUCAUCGGCUUCGUGCACGGGAAGAUAAACAGCAAUGUGCUGACGGCCAUAGCUCUUAUAGUGGCAGGAGUCUUGACUACCAUCACACCAUACUGCCAAUCAUUUGUUCUCAUGCUUAUGAUCAAGUUUUUUGUUCGAGUCUUCGCUGGAAGUCUGGCAAUCAUUGUGAAUGCCGAACAUAUGCAUAUUUGGGGCAGUGAUAAUCAAUCUCUUUUACAAGCCAUACAUUUCACAUAUGCACUUGGAGCGGUCUUCGCGCCUCUGUUCACAGAGCCAUUCCUAGUAAAGAAGGAGAGUAGUACCAGUAUCAAAUAUAGAGACCCAGUCUCUUCUGGAAACUCAUCAAGUCAGUGGAAGCAAGAAAGUGCAUCAAACAUGACAUGGUUAGCUACCAAUGGUACCAUGUCUGAAAAAGAAAGAACUACAGAUGUUCAUUAUGCAUUUCUUAUAGCUGGCAUCAUUGCUAUUCUAACUUCUUUUCCUUUUAUAGUUCUGAGAUGUGUAGAACAGUCAAAAGAAAACAAAUCUGUUGAGAGAUUCACUCAAAAAAUCUUUGCUGGCAUGGCUGGUAUUUCAAUGUCGGCUGUUUUCCCUUCAGCUCUAUCUUGGGCAGAAUCAGAACUGCUAAAAGUGACUGGUUGGAUUACAUCUUUUAUUCUGAUUGCUAGUUCUAUCGGCACGAUGAUCAACCCACUUAUCAUUGGUUAUCUCAUGGAAGAAGUUUCCAACAUGUGGUUCUGUUAUGUUUUGUUAAGUCAAACUUUGUUGCUGUGUUGUAUUUUCCUAUUUCUCCUGUUGUUUAACAGAUGUUAUCUCAACAAAGUUUAUGGAAAAGUUGGAGAUAGUAAAAAUGUAGAGAUAGUUAUGGAGGCACCGCUUCAAGAAACUGACAAGUUCCUUGACAUACGUGAAAAAGAAUUUUCACCCAAAAUAUGA